CUCCCAUAGCGUCAGCGAUAGUCAGCAACACACUGUGGUGGCAGAUCAGCGGGGCGGUGCGCAUAGCGGGAUAAAGCCUCACUGUGUUUCACCCAAUACUGGAAAAAAAACAAAACGGGGGGGGGGCCUCAUCCCACCAUUUCCAGAGUUACAACAACUUCACCGGCCUGGCGUGCUGUGCUUCACCGGCUGGCCGUGGCUGCAGACGGGGACAACCGGGAACUUAAGGAACUAAACCGGGGACGGUGCCAGCAGAUUAUCUGUUAGGUGCUGGCUCAAUUCUGCAGACGGAAGAAGGGAGAGAGAAAAAAAAAGGCGACGUUUCCCCCCCCCUCUCCCCCCUAACCCGGAGAAACUCUCCAAGUGUUGGAAACUUCCCAGCGCAGCAUCGAUCGAGGACCUCCCGCCCACUUUACCUCUGAUCCACAAUCCUGGAAGGGGGAGAGAGAGAGAGAGAGAGAGGGAGAGAGAGAGAGAGAGAGUUCUGCAGCCGCUGCGGUGGAUGGAGCAACAAAGGCUAGAUGGUUAAACUAGAAGAGCUGCUUUGAUAAGAGCCCAACUCUCGUUUCGCCUCUCUAAAAAAAGACUCCCAUCACCUAUAAAGGCAAAUCUGCAGCCGCCUGGAUCUCAUUUCGGGGGACCCGGCCAGGUUCUACUUAGUGCAAACUCUCCGCUCGCCAAAGGGGGGAUCCGCCGCAGACGUGAAAUUGAUGCUUUGGUACGGGCGGAGCGCACCACCGAUCCUCUAGUUUUGCCAAAGUCUCGUCCUGCUCAGCGAGGGAGGUAGACUGAUUGGUUGCCGAAGUGGGAUUUGCAGAAGUUACAUGCUUGGUCUUUGUCGUCACGAGUGAGCCCCCCCCUUGUUCAUCCACUCUCAGGUUAUCAGAGAAGAUCCGGAUAGUUGAGGAGCCAUGGCGAUGUGUGUGGGGAUGUGGAUACUCCUGUUAGCGCUGCACGUCCAAGGUGGCGAUGGACAGAUGGUACAGAUGGACUCCAGUAAAUCUGGCAAUGUGGGUUCACAAGUGGAACUGCGCUGCAUUUUCAUCAACAGUAACCCGCCAGUCAAGAUCUCUCAAGUGACCUGGCAGAAGCUCCUCAACGGCACCAAACAGAACGUGGCCAUAGCCAACCCGGCCCUCGGCGUGUCCGUUCUGCCGCCCUUCAAGGAGCGGGUCAGCUUCAAGCAGGCAGCGGUUCGUCAUCGUACGCCCUCACUGGAGGACACCACCAUCGUGUUCUCCAGCCUGCAGCUGUCUGAUGAAGCUGCCUACAUCUGCGAGUAUACCACAUUUCCCGCAGGCAACCGGGAGAACAUGGUCAACCUCACUGUGUAUGCUCGGCCUAUGACACGUAUGACCUUGACAACGCCGACGAUUGUGGCCAGGGCCCAGAAACGCAAGAUGACUGUUGCCACUUGUGUAUCAGCCAAUGGGAAGCCCCCAAGUGAAAUCAAAUGGGAAACCAGGUUGAAGGGCGAAGCCACUUCCCAGCAGACCCGCAACCAAAAUGGGACGGUGACAGUACGGAGCAACUACGUGGUGAUACCGAGCCGCGAGACCCACAAACAGAAGCUCACAUGUAUCGUGAUGUACCGAAACGAGAGGAUCACAGACAGCGUGGUGCUCAACGUGCAGUAUGAACCCGAGGUGAAGAUCGAGGGCUUUGAUGGAAACUGGUACCUGAACCGGCAGAAUGUUCAGCUGACCUGCAGGGCUGAUGCUAACCCCCCUGUCACGAUCUACCAGUGGAAACUCUUGAACGGCUCCCUGCCCAGUAAUGUGGAGAUCAAGAACAACACCCUGUUCUUCAAAGGGCCGGUGACCUACGACCUGGCCGGCACGUACGUCUGCGACGCCACCAACGGAAUCGGGACUCGCACUGGCAUUGUGGACGUCAACAUCACAGAAUUCCCUAACAACCCGCCACGUGGGGACGAUGAGAUCCCGCAGGAGCAGCACAAUGCAGGUGCCGCCAUCGGGGGCGCUGUGGGGGGAGUCGCCCUGUUGGGCGUGGCGGCCAUACUGCUCUUCAUAUUCCUGCGCCGCCGCCAGCGCACCUUCAAAGGAGACUACAGCACCAAGAAACAUGUGUUUGGAAAUGGGUACAGUAAGGCCGGCGGCCUGCCCGCCCACCCGCCCAUCCCCAAGAACCUCCAGUACCCAGACGACUCGGACGACGAGAAGAAACCCGCCCAGAUUGGUGGCACCGGAGGGUUUGAGGCGAGCGAGCGCGAUUUUGACACCGAGCAAGAGGACCUGAAGAGGCCCUAUUUCACUGUGGAUGAAGGAGAAAGCCGAGAUUAUGACGAGCGGACUCUGGCUUUCCAGUAUGACCCUGAACCUGAGAUAGCCGACGAUAUGAUCUCUCAAACCGACGGCUCUGUCAUUUCUAAGAAAGAGUGGUAUGUGUAGUGGCAUGCAACAACCAAACCAAACAACCCUUUGUCCCCCACCUGCAUCCCACUGCACCCUUCACCUCCAUCACGACCCCACCCUCCCAUUUGUCAAACAGCACCCUUCACAGUCCCAUUCCUCUUUUGGUCAACCUAGUACCCCCUUCCCCAUGACUCCCCCCCCCCCACAUCAGACCCCAUCCAACUAAUCUCAUUUAGAAAAUCAAGCGUCUAUUUAAAGUGCUAGCAACAUCAACUUCUCAACAUGUCAGCAUUGGUAUCAGUUCCAUCAGGUGAAUGGGCAAAGAAUACAAACUAAGGUAUGUAAAUGGACUCGUUGUCACUGACUUACGAGGUCAGCGAGGUGAUCGGUUGAUUAAUACUGGUGUAAUAUUCUUUUUGUGUAUUUUUUCAUGUUAUAAAUGUAUUAAAUGUAUAAAAAGAGACUGCAGGUUGAGGUUUUGCUGAGCACAUUUGUGAAAGUCCUACACUGGAUGUGCAAUUUGGGUUUUUUUCCAUUACCAUUGCCGUUUUGUUAUUUUUAUAAUGUCUUUUUGUAUGAUUUUUAAGUGACCAGAGAAUUGAGAGUUAAAUGUCUGACAUAAUUGCAGGUGGAGUUCUAAGUGUUUGUAAUUUUGUGGUCAAAUGUUUCUGAGAAAGAGAAAGAAAAAAAAAAUGCCAUACAGGACCUGUAUCAUUUCUCACUGGGGUUAGAGCUCAUGAAAUUACUAAUCUUUGUAUAUUUACAGCAUUAAAAGCAGACACGUUAAUGCUGUUUUCCAAAGACAUGCUUAGUAUUUCUUCUUAACCCCCUGUGUUUAUUUGCUUGAUGAGUUUCUUUACUGAGAGGGAGUCAGUCUACUGAGCCAUAUGGACAUGGCAGUAACAGAUAAAUGUUGAGUGUCUUUUGCCUAAAUUUCAGUCUCAUUAAAUUAGUUUCCACAUCAGUGAAUCAGAAUAGCAAGGCAGAGAAGGGCUGCAGUCGUAUCAUACACAAAAAUUUCUACUUUUCAGUGGUGCGUCACAAUCGUGUCCAAAAAAGAGCUAUGGUGAGUCUUGGUGUCCACGGAAACCUUCAAUAAUGCUCUGAAAUGUCAUGAUUGUCACUUGACUUGAACAGGUUGACCUGUGUACACAAGCUCUCAAUCUUACCACUAUAAUGACAUUUUUGUGUUGAGUUGGUACAAUUAUGUUUUGUUCUAACCCUUCUUUUAUCAAAUGGAUGUCAGAGAAAGGUAUCUGGGGAUUUUCCCAAUGAUGACUUUGUCUCUCGUUAUAACUGUGGUGACUGUGUACUGAAGAAUUGGCUUAAACCUCCUCGCUUAUACCAACAGCAUUUGCUAUGAGGAGUCAUCCAUGGACACAAAGGACACAGAUAGGAGGAAAAUGUCAACUAAUGUUUUUUAUGUACAUCUACAGAGAAAACAUUUGAAUAUGUAAAGGGAAUUAUGACGGUGGCCAUGCUAGUAUAAUAAGUCACCUGCUGCUUUCAUGAUGUUUUUGUUCCAUCUCCUUUUUUUCUUUCUGAAAUGAAUUUCAAUAGCUGUUUGGGGGAUUUUAAAGGAAUGAAUGGUUGUCCUUCCCCUGAUGUUGGCAUCUUAACCUGCCAAUCGAGAUACAAUGACCCUCUCUGAAGGCAUUAUAUAUAUAUAUAUGGCUUUUUAAAUCACUGUUAACAAGUGCCAGUGGAUGCUACUGUAGCAUAGCAAAUUACUUGUUUCUCUCCUCAGCAUUGAGGUCCAUUAUACAAUCAGCAAAAUGCAUUUGCUUCAAACAAAAAAGUUCAGUGUGAAAUAUGGGAUAAAACAGAAGCAAAGGAGUAAAUCCAUGGAUAUAAACAACAUAUCUGACUGGCAAUGAACAGUAUAAAUACUAUAUUAAGCCUUAUUUUAUGCAUGUUUUUUGUGUUGGAGUGGAUGUGCGUAUGUUGCUAUUUUUUCUGUAUCAAUUCCAGUGCGUUUGUCCUCAUUUGCAGCUCUAAAGAUGACACUUUGUUAGUGUUGUCAGUAUUGACAGAGGUAUGAGUUUUUGGGCACACAGUACCCAGCAACAAUAUUGCAGUUAACACACAAAAAGUAUAUAAAUAUAUAUAUAAAUAAAGGUGAAAAAAUAACAUCUCUCUGAGAGCAGAUCUCUCUGCCGGCUGGAGAUGUGAAUGUUUUACAAUUCAUGCUUGUCUACUGUAUGUUUUUAGAUGAGCAUGUUAAUCAUGAGCCUCAAUUUAUAUUGCAUUUUCAACACAAAUUAACAUUACAAAGUGGGGAAUAUCAUGUUCUUAUUAAAGGUCUUUUGAUUACAUUUUAGUUUAGUUUCACUUUCUACAGCCUUAUUUCUACAGUGGGAGACUUGAGGUUUGCUACAGAAAGUUUCAGAGGCAGGGUUGCUACUUUCAAAGUGCAAAAACAAAUGAAAGUUUUACAGCCUUUAGUUUAUUCUUCACCUGCCGAUAAACUGCUUUGCUGUAGCUUUUCAAUUCCGCGUAGUUUGCAUCACAGCAUUAUGGAGAGAAACGCGUGAAAAGCAUGUUUUUAUCUUUUAUUCUCGCAUUCAGUGCCUAUCAAAGUCAGGAGAGGUAGUCUGAACGGUUGCUGCUCCAUCAUUUGAGUUAUUCAUGCCAUAGAAUAACAUGAUAAAUAAUAUUGAAAUGAUAAAUAAUAUUGAAAUAUGACAUGGGCUGCAAACCUCCUCAGAUCAGACACUUGAUGGUUCUUUACUUGCAGUGAAUUUCAGUUAGUAUAGUGGGGAUACAUUUCCAUCUGAGCUCCAGCACAAUGCUAAAAAUUGAUCUUUAUCUUGAUCUGUAAAUCAAUUGAUCUCUUAAAAGCUGAAUUCAUUGCCAUUUUAAACUUUACUGAUGGAUAAAUAGUGAUACAGCACUUUUUUCCCUCUCAAUACUAAAGUCCUAAAGAGAUCUAUAAGAGAACUUUUGCAACUUAGUCGCACAUCGUUGACUUUUCUAAGCACAACAAUGAAAACACAGUGACAAGAGAUUUAACUGACUAUAGAAAAAAGAAAAAAGAAAAAUGUAACUUUGGCCCAAAGCAAAGAUCAACUCUGCCCCCUUUUAAAGCACAAGUUUAGGGUUUCAUUUCACUUGUUUUCUGCAGCCAUUAUGAAACCACUGCCACUUGCUUCUCAGACAUGUUGGAGAAAGAAAACCCUUUCAGAGUUAAGUCGACAUUCUGUAUUCUGGUAGAUGUAAACAUUGUCUUCAUGUUGUUGGGGUGUUAUGAGUUUCUAUUUUGUAAUACUGACUGUAACUUCAUUCCAUCCUAAUCUACUUUUUGUAUUCAGUAUGUUCAACAUUCCACUGUAAAUACUGUACAUAGGGUUGAGAUUAUAGUCAGGAUUUAUUUAGGGACAACUGCAUAGGGACUCUGUUCAUGUAAAAUAUACCUAUUUUGACUGCAAACAUAGAGACUCGAUGAUGGAUAGAUGAAGUUGAUGCAUAGCUUAUUUCCAAAGUCUCACCUAAAAAUGCUCCUCCAGUACGUUUUUAAUAUGCCACUAGCGGCUUCACUGUCAUACAAAGGGGUGAUGCAUACAAUUUGUCGAUUUAAUGUUAUUGAAAGUAAAUCAAAAGAGAGAAAAUUGUCUGUAUGCAGCCAUGUGAAUGUAUAUUUCUGAGGGUGUUACAAAUAUGAAAAAAAAUCUCUUGUUCAAUUGUGAUGACCCAGUGAAGUAACUUGUAUUUGUUUUAAGCAUUAAAUGAGUUCAAUAGUCAACAA